AUGGCAGCCAUGGUUUCUGCCAUGGAUGUGGUCUUCCACGUCGACUGCUCCUGCACAGAACCAGGCGAGCAAGUCUUCGUCGUGGCGUCCUGCAAGGAACUGGGCGCCUGGAACCCUGCAGAGGCGCUCCCUUGUUUCACCUCCAGCGCGACGUUUCCGCGGUGGACGUCGAAUGCCGUCAAGCUGCCAAUCGGCAGCAGGACUGAAUUCAAGAUCGUGAUCCGGGGCCACCGUGGCAACCGAUGGGAGCACGGCGACAACCGACACCUGAAGGUGGAGCUUCCGGUGGGUGUAGAGGCGACGAAGAUGGUCAGCCUCACUUACGGGCAGCAGGGCAUGAAGGAUGCUGAAGAUGCUGCUGCAUCCGAAGUGCCCACGCUGCCGAUGCUGCUCGGCGUGCGCCUCGAGAAACCUGGCCUCAAGGCCGUGCCGCCAUCAAAGGCGGCCUCGCCCAGCGAGGGCGACGUGGAGGAGGCGCCGGCACAGCAGGAGGGUCGGUUCCAUGUCCUUCCCAACAUGGGAUCGGUCAUGAUGGAGCAUGGCCCGAACGGCGAGGAGCCGGCGAUCAAGGCCGCCGCGCGCAUGUGCGCGGUGGAGCCAGCGAUGGACGAGAAGUCCAUCAGGCUGUUGGGGGCCCCAACAGCCAUUCGCCAGGCCAAGCGCGUCCUCCAGCUCUUCGUCUCGAAGACCUUCAUCUGCACGUUCCAGAUGCCAACGCCAGAGGCAACAGCAGCGGCCGGCCGGAUGCUGGGCAAAGUGCCGUGGGUAUGGGAUGUGAAACUUCACGGCUACAACCUGAUUCGACUCAACGCCCACGAGGCCUGCCUGGAGAAGGUUUGCGCUUCCAUGUCCGCAUUUUCCAGUUGCGGUGAACUCCGUCGCCGCAAUGCGCCAGGAAGUGAACGGCAAUGGCACGUUUCAAAGUAG